UCGAUCCUUUUGUUUGUCUCGCGUCCACUACAGGGGAGGAGGUUGAUAACUUAAAAAAUGAUGCCGGUAAUGAAGAUGUAAAAUACAAAGUGAGGCCAAAGAAGCUGUUUCAAAGCAAGUACAUCACGAGUGUCGCAGAGCAGCAACUUAAUGAGAUGAAAAAGUAUGCGACGCUUCAAUUAGAGGAAGAAAAGAGGAAAAUUGAGGAAGAAGAAAGGUUACCGGAUGACCCAUUGGAAGGGCGCAGAGUUCAUUACUGGAUUGUGAUUCUUCCUGGAAUCUGCCGGUCGGAAAUUUGCAGUCCAUUUUUUGUUGAUGCGGCCUCUGGAAAGCCGUACUCGCUAGACGAUCCUAAUUUCUUAGGAAUAGAAUUUAUUUGGAAUGAUGAAAAUCUUUGGUUUUGCCAUAAUUCCCUCUCUCGAGAUUUUGAAUUAGAGGAUUCGACAAAGUGGGUACCUUUCAAAAACAGAGAGAAUAAAAUUGAGAUUCCUCUCUCUUGGAUGGAACGACUGGAUAUAUCCAACAAAGAUUAUCAACGCAGAUUUUACGGGGAGCGAAAAGAAAUUUUAUAUUUGCGAUGUAAAUUGAUAAAGUACUCUGAGUAUUCGAGGAGCGAUGGAUUGGUGAUGGAAAUAAUUGCGUACUCAGAUUUAAACUGGCAAGAUGUUUUGACAAAGACUCGCAGCUUUAAGCACAGAAUGGACUUUCUCUAUAAAACUGAAUAUGACGCGAAAAGUAAAAUAACCAAACAUUACUACUACAAUGGAAGAUGUGAUUUUGUCAAAGAGCUUAUAUUCAAUUCUGUGGACGAAGAUAAGAGGGAAAUAUUAUUUUAUGGGAAAUGUCAUCCACUCAGCCUUCAAAAAAUUUUGAUUGCAAAGAACGAGAUAACUGAACAGUUUCUGGAAAAUUCACAGGAGUCUUGCUUGCUCAAACGGAAUAUGAAAUAUGUUAUUCAUAGCAAUAGUGAGAAAAUUAUUCACUGGACAGAAGAAUAUUUCAGCGCUGACGGUAAAAAGCCAAAAAGCAAACAAAUUGCUCAAAGGAAAUUUUUCCAUUUGGAAGGCAAAAUUUUUUUGACGUUCCAUAAAAAUUCAGAUCAAUUAACAGCUGGGUAUUUUCACUUUGUAAAACCUGUUCAAGAAAAGGUAGAAACCUAUCAUCAGUACAUGCCUCACCAAAGUACUGCUUCUAAUAACGAACAUAAUAUGGGAAGAGAGGACGAAAAAUUGUUUAGUGAGCAGAUCAAUGACGAAGUAAAAAUUAUAGCCCACGCGCAGACUGCUUUCGUAGACAUUGAUAUUAUGCUGAAAAAGCUUUUUAAAGAGCACCAAAAUCCCUUGUUGAAGUCGUCAGUGUUUGACGAAGAGCGCAACUUGGACAUAGUUGAAGAUAUGAACACAAAGGAAAGAAAAUUGCGAGAAAAAUAUCUGAGUGAAUUGCUGGAUCCUGUUGACGCUCCAGAAGAACUCGCGGAAAGAAAAGUCAAAAGAGCAGGAUUGCCAGAGAUUGUUAAGAAAGUAAAAAUAAAUUGUGAACAAGUUUUAUAAAGUUGAAUAAUUAUUAAAAUGGAAAUUAGGAAACUUUACUUAGAAUGUAUAUUUUUAAAUUAUUUUAAAUUAAGUACUUUUUGUUUGUAAAACAUAUUAUUAUAGAAAAGAUGCAGUUAUGCUUGAAGUUUUAUUGUAAUAUUAUACCAACCUUCAUUGUAACUUCGAGGAAA